CCGAUCAAGAUGGAAGUUAAUCCCCCCAAACAAGAACAUCUGCUGGCGUUGAAAGUGAUGCGGUUGACGAAGCCUACUUUAUUUACCAAUAUUCCAGUAACGUGUGAAGAAAAAGAUUUACCUGGAGAUCUCUUUAGCCAACUUAUGAAGGAUGAUCCCUCAACUGUAAAUGGUGCAGAAAUUUUAAUGUUGGGAGAAAUGUUGACUUUACCACAGAAUUUUGGGAAUAUAUUUUUGGGUGAGACUUUUUCCAGUUAUAUCAGCGUUCAUAAUGAUAGCAGUCAAGUUGUAAAAGAUAUAUUGGUUAAAGCUGAUCUUCAGACAAGUUCUCAGCGUUUAAAUCUUUCAGCCUCGAAUGCUGCUGUUGCUGAACUUAAACCUGAUUGUUGUAUUGAUGACGUCAUACACCAUGAAGUAAAGGAAAUUGGAACACACAUAUUGGUGUGUGCCGUCAGUUAUACAACUCAGAAUGGAGAAAAGAUGUAUUUUAGAAAAUUCUUCAAGUUUCAGGUCCUCAAACCACUGGAUGUGAAAACAAAAUUUUACAAUGCAGAGACUGAUGAAGUAUUUCUUGAAGCCCAGAUUCAGAAUAUUACAAAUUCACCCAUGUUCAUGGAGAAGGUUUCCUUGGAGCCAUCUAUAAUGUACAAUGUAGCAGAAUUAAAUUCUGUCAGCCAAGUUGGAGAAAGCAUAUCUACAUUUGGUUCAAGAGCUUAUUUGCAGCCAAUGGAUACACGUCAGUACUUAUACUGCCUAAAGCCCAAGAAAGAGUUUGCAGAAAAAGCAGGCAUCAUUAAAGGAGUUACAGUUAUUGGAAAAUUGGAUAUAGUGUGGAAAACAAAUCUAGGUGAAAGAGGAAGGUUACAGACCAGCCAGCUUCAAAGAAUGGCUCCAGGUUAUGGAGAUGUUAGGUUGUCUUUGGAGGCAAUCCCAGAUACUGUGAACCUAGAAGAACCUUUUCAUAUAACCUGUAAAAUAACAAACUGCAGCAGUGAAAGGACCAUGGAUCUAGUUUUGGAAAUGUGCAAUACCAAUUCUAUCCACUGGUGUGGCAUCUCAGGAAGGCAGCUUGGAAAACUAUGUCCAAGUUCCUCUCUCUGCCUUGCCCUUACACUACUGUCUUCAGUACAAGGACUGCAAAGCGUGUCCGGCUUAAGACUCACAGAUACCUUCUUAAAGAGAACAUAUGAAUAUGAUGACAUCGCACAAGUCUGUGUAGUAUCAUCAGCUAUUAAGAUGGAAAACUGAAGAAAAUUUCCCAAGUGAUGCUUUUCAUUUCAUUUCACAGAACCAUUUUCUGUACUUUGCCAGCUUUGUAAAAUGAUUAGCUUAACAAAUACAGUAUGUAUUUAAAAGUCUUUCCUGUAUAACUGAGUUGUUUAAAAUAUUAAAUAUUUGUUUUUAA